CUAGUUUGAAUUGGUAUAAAUUAAUGAUAAGGUAAUUUUUUAUGCUUCAUGCAUGCAUACGUCGAUCCCAAGCUUCUUCCUAUUUUCUUCUCAUUGAUUGUAAUACCCAAUUACAUCUGUUUGUUUUGUUUUCUGGGUUCCCCAAUCACCCUGGUUAUUAUAUCUGAAUCCAUUAUAUUUUUGGUAUUGUAUUGUAUUGUAUAUAUCUGAGUUGGGUUUUGACAUUUUAUGGGGUCAGCCGACCCCAUCCUGAUAAAAUUGAAGAUCAUCAUAAUUCCUCCAACGAUGGGUAGUAUGAAGGUGAAAGGGCUUCUUAAAGGCCUCAGAUAUAUCUCUCAAGUUUUUGAGGAAGACAAAAAACAAGAAAUACAAAUUGGUGGUCCCACAGAUGUAAAGCAUUUGGCUCAUGUAGGAUGUGAUGGACCAGCACAAGAAUCCCCCAGCUGGAUGAAGGGAUAUGGUACACCUGAUCAAUUCGCAUCAUCCGACCUAAGUGAUGGCCCUGAAUGGGUUUCUGAAGAUUCAGGGCAAAAGGUGUCUCGAAGAGACAAAAUAAAAGCAAGACAUCGCCGGCAUCGAUCAGUGGAAAAUAUGAACUCGGAGAGCAAAGAGGCAACCAAAGCAAGGCAGCCCAGAAGACACCACACACGCGGUGCGGAAGGCCGACACGCCCGGGAUGAGGCAUUGCCCGAAGUCCCAAAAAGGACCCGGAAAAAGAAACCAAAGGAUGGGUCAGGUGAUGAGGCAUCAAAAGUAUCAAAGUCUAAAGCACCAGACGACAUCACCGAUCAAGAAUAACAACAAAACAAGUCAUCCAACUAUGAUGUAUUUUGAUAUCUUAGAUUUGUACAAAAUUAAUUAAUUUCUGUAUAUUUUCUAAUUUGGUCGUUUAAUUUUCAAAAUCACUACUAAACGAACUAUAUAAUUAAUAUCGUGACAAACUAUAAUUACAUUCUUCCCA